CACAGAAGGUACAGACAGCUCUGCAUCGGUUAGUGUUUGAAUAUUUCGAAGAUCUCGAGGCAGCUUCGGGCACCGACACAAGUGCUAAAACUCUUUGCAACAGCGUCAAAGAUUUUAUUUCACGACUUCGUGUCGCAACGGCGACGAGUAGAAACUACAGUGCGACCAUCGAAAGAUAUCGAGAAACGAAAGAAUGUCCGAUAAGUCAGGGACCAAAACCACGACCGGAGACGAUGCGUGCCGGGCGUUGCAGCGUCGACCUGACCGUGUGCAAAUGGAGUACAUCGGCAUGGACAUCGUGCGAUUCGAGAAAACGCAAGAACGCCGAUCUUUUUGUUUUCUCACAGAAGAAUGCUGCAUCGUGCCGCAGAAUGUUCGGGGCGUCAAGGUACCCACCGUGGGAUAGAUUUGAUGUUCUGCGCAGGAUUAUUUUGUCCACGACCACGCCGAAUCCGAAAGCAAAUCUAGUCUAUGUUGUUCCCUAUUGCAGAUGAGGUGUGGAUGUGGACGACCAAGGUUGUAUAUCUUAACAUAUUCAUGCGCUUUCAGUUUUACUUCUUUCACGUGCUCAGGUGUCCGUCACCGAAGCCGACGGCAAAACGCGGACCCACUUCACUCUGCACGGCCGCCGGAGUCCCUGUUUAUCAAAUGUAAAAAUGUCUGGGUCUGUCUGGAAGAAGUCAACUUGUGAUGCUGCAUUUGGAUUCCAGAAGAAUCUGUAUUGCAUGAGUACCAAAAGGAAUCCAAUUUUUGCUACGCGGAGAGGGCAUUUGUCAUGCGGAAUAGGCAUCAAGAAGCUCUCAAAGCAUCUGUGAUGCUAGGGCAUGCAUCACCAACAUCAGGGCUCAUGCAAAACGUGCAUGACAAGUGUCACAAUCUUCCAGACCCAGACAUUUUUACAGCAUGUUUAAUCUCUCUCUACAUAGUGCAUUCACGUAGUUCUCUUUUAUUUUCUUUCUUCAAAAAGUUCAAGUCGUUCUCUUCCCCGUGCUGUACCAAGGUCUUGUUUCCAGACAAAACACCAGACAUUUUUACAGUUGAUACUGUUUGGAAUUGACUGACUUUCUCUACAUCGGAAAGGGUGCAGAGUUCACGAUACAAGUGGACCACCAACAGCAUCAUCUGCACACAACCACAAAAAUUGGUACUACCGAGAAUGGGCCGAGGGCAAACGCAAAACUGCCGACCGCGAUGAAUGCAGAGACCCCAACAGUCUGCAUCUGCCGUGCGUUUUGCGACAAAGUGCUGCCGGCGAAAUACGGACCGGUGUCGGGGAUUUCGAUCGAGCUGCGGGGAAGGGGACAAGCUUCCCGACAAGUCAACAACUUCAUGUCCCCGAUGACCUGGAAGCACGCGGACAAGCUGUGUUGCGUCGAGGUACAAGUUAAGGUAGUACUUCUCAGAGGCUGCUGUGUAGUUGUAGGGCGAAGUUGCGACGAGGAUUUUUUGUUGCUUUCCUUCAUGAUUUGUAAAGUAAAGCGACAAGUAGAACUCCAGAAGUUUAACAAUAGGACAAAAAUUUCUUUUCAAAUCACCUAAAUCCAGAAUUAUACUGUAUGUAUCGAUCUCCUACUCCUAUAUUUGCUUUAUUCCCAGCUGAUUACCCCGGAUGGUAACUGGUCUUCGUACCCGCCGCACAAGCACGACGAAACCGGAGAUGGGGCGAUCAACGAGGAGAUCUACUUUUUUCAGAUCGAGAAAGUGCCGGAUAUGGUCGCGGUGGCCACGGAUCUUCAUGCGGACCCUUUUAUUUCAUCUUCAUCAUCCACUUCACAACAAAGUUCUUAUACCGAAGAAUAUUGAGAGGAAAAAUCCCCCCUCCCCAUAUCGAAAAGGUAUGUUUCCGAAAAUUUGUGUUGCUGAUUUGAGGUCACAAAUCACAUCUGUCUUGCAAGAAGACAAGGGCAGAAGCUUCCGCCCCAUUGUGGAAGCGAUUUGUCAUGCUGUUGGGCCUAAAGGUCAGCCGUUUGCCAUGCUGAGCAACUAGGCCCAUACGCCCCUACCUAGCCUGGGGAUCUGGCCGCAAUGCCUCUCUGCAAUACAAAGCUGAUUUGUGUACACAAAUCCAGCAUCAGAAAUUCCGUUUUGAUAUGGGGAGGGGGGAUUUAUUUUUCCUUUCGAUAAAGAACCGAAGGGUUCCCCGUACGCGUUUCACCGGACCUUCACGAGCGACGGAACGGUUAGCGACACGGUGCUAUCCUGUGUAAAAAUGUCCCCACUCUAUAGUCAAGAUGGGAAAUGAUCUGCUAGACAAAGCAAGCGGCUCUAGUUGUUUCGCGUGACAAGUUUGGCCUCGUAGUGUAAUAAAUCCUGUUGAGCUAGCUCCAGCAGCAUCACAGCGCUAGCAUAUCGCGCGGAUUCGAGCGUCACAAAUUUCAAAACAUCGCUAGAAAAUGGAAAUGCUUGCCAUGGAGCUCCGUAUGGGAGACAUUUCUUACCAUGCAUAUUUGUACGACAAGAAACUAUGGGGUGGGGACGUUUUUACAUAGGAGAGGUGACGGUGUUUCCGCAGGACGUGUACCUCGUCCCGAAGGGGUACCACGGCCCCUGUGUCACGCCGCCGGGCUACAAUUUGUACUACCUUAACGUGCUUUCCGGCCCCAACCCCGAACGCACCAUGCAGUUUUGCUGGCACGUGGAGCAGCAGUGGCUCGUGCAAAACCAGUGGCGCAACUUGGCGGGCGACCGGCGACUGCCGCUCUGUGCGAACGACGUCUGUCCCGAAUUACAUCGGGAGGUCGCGGUUUUCGCCCGUGGCGAGGCGGAGACAGGGGGCAUCGAAGCUUUGAAAGAACAAAACUGCUCUACUUCCGCAAUAGACGGAGCAAGAAAUGGGAGCUCUUCGUUCAAGAUUGUCGAUUACACAGCUGCAUCCUCACUGCUUGUUGAUCCGAGUAAAGGCCAUGCCUCAAACAGCGCCUCACGAUCCUCGUUGGCGACUAGGAGUAGCAGCACAUUGCCAGCGGGAGAGACGGAGCAAGUGGACACUGGGAGAUCAGUAUCCCCAAUCCUCGCGUCGUUGGAGAAUAAAGCCGCAAGUGUGAUCGUGUUGUUUGACGAUUUGAUGCCUGUGGUCCGCGAACUACAACAACCUCCAGAAGAGGAAAGACAAACUGUUUUAUCCCGCUCGCUGGCGCUGCUCGCAGCGGAUUUUGGGAAGCGGUCCAUCGAGCUGGCGGAUAGAAAAAUACCGGUUAUCGGGGUGUGGGAGGCUGAGUCGAUGUUGACGCCGACGGGGGGCGGGAGCAAUACUAGCAGUCUGCCGGUCGCAUCUUCAACAUCCAGGUCGUUGUUGUUCACUCCUGGCGAGCAAAUACCUACAAGCGCGCCGACGUUUCGCCUCGCGCUCGCAACUCUUGACCGCUUGUGGAUUCUCCUCGGUACUACUAGUAGUAGUGCAGGAACCACGAUGACGAUAGAAAGCGCGAGCGAGGAGCAAAUUCUGGUGGAGAAAGUCGUGGAGCAGCUGCUUGCACUGCUUGGAACAGCAAAUGCGUCGAACUGCACCAGUACAACUUCUAGCAACUCCAGCUGCAAGAAAAGCGCGAGAAGUAGUAGUCGUGGCUUUCCGCAAUUGGGUCAACACCAGCGCGUGCUCGUUUUCACGCCUUACCGAGUGCUGGACUUCUCCAAAUUCGCGCAACGGGAAGUCCGUAUUGCACCAAUUUCGUCCUCUGCUGCAGGAGGUGUUGAAACUGUAACAACAUCGACAAAUCGAGAUUUCGUAGGAACGAGUACUGCCGCAAGCGUCUGGACAUCGCCGCUGAGUUUCCACCUUGCGGAACUCUCUGGCUGCGACUUGGAAGCCUGGGCAGCUGCCAGGACGAGCAGGGGACAGAGUAAGAACUCGGGGACGAUUACAAAAAACCAUGUAGAAAAUGAACAACCAACGACGACCUUCGGAAGUAGCGCAGGGAAUAAAAUAAACUCCACAGCACAACAAGCGUUGUCUCGAUUGUGAUUCGGAAGAUUCGGAAUAGUUAAAUACGAACGCGAGGGGUUCAACAUUUGCUAGCGCGUGCGGUGGCUGUCCUCAUUGCCCAGCUCUUGACGAAAGUACGUGAAAUGUGUAUCAAAAUUAGACCGUUGUACGUAUGAUCACUACUUCAACAUCGAGUAUUAAGUGGUCACUGCGACAACUUGACUGCAUGGCUAUGUGUAAGAAAGAGGUGCGGACGUUAAAUACAGUCGCAUUUAUUUUCAAAACUACGUAGAAAAAUUAACGCUAAUCAUAUUUUUCUAUGAGCAUGUGCAUAUAGUAUGGUGGUAUCCUGUUCUUGAAUGCGAUCUUUUGUAGUUUCCCGACGAGAAGCAUUUCUCUUCGUUCUGUAUAAUGAUUAAACUGUACCCGAAAUGCUUGUUUCCAAGUAAGUACCGUAAAAAAAGGUGACAUUGCGCUUCGGCCUACGCCAAGCUGCAAGCAAGAUUUUGAUUGUGCUGCACCUGGCAGGGACACUAAAGUGCAAAACCCGCCUGAAUGAUGGUAUAGAAAUUCAGUUAUUCUGGCAAAUUGCCCUGUUGUUCUUCUCC